GCCUAAGAUCCGCAGCCCCGCGUUUUAUAAUAUGAUAGAAACGUGUAGUUCUUUCUGUAGAUAAAUUACAACAACAAGGAUCCCUUCUCCUAAAAAAAAAUAAAUUCUGAAGAUAUUCAUUAAAUUUAUUAUCAAAAGAAAUGAACAGCCAAUAGUGAUUCAAGAAAUUUUUAAAUUUAAAAUUACCCUUUUUCUCUAUUCAUGGAUCUUGAAUCCUUAAACAUUCUCCAUGAAAUAUGUACUAUGAAUGGUAUACAAUAUGAUAAUUUAACCACUGAAAAUUUUCAUAAUCAUAUAUUAUAUAUAUUAUUUUCUGGUUUUAAAAAAUGGAUCUCAUUACAAAAUUUUCCAUAUUUAACUGAAUUAAUUAUUAUAUCACAAGAUAUUACUUAUAUAGCUAAAUUAGAAACUUGUCCUAAUUUAAAAAAAUUAUGGUUAUGUGAAUGUAAAUUAAUUCAAAAAAUUGAAAAUCUUAAUACAUGUAAACAAUUAACUGAAUUAUAUUUAUAUGAUAAUUCAAUUAAAAAAAUUGAAAAUUUAACAUUUAAUUAUAAACUUGAAUAUUUAUGGUUAAAUAAUAAUCAAAUUCAAUUAAUUGAAAAUUUAAAUCAUUUAAAAUUAUUAAAACAAUUAAAUUUAUCAGGGAAUUAUAUUGAACAUUUAAAUUCAAAUUUAUUAUAUAAUCAAAAAUUAGAACAAUUAUUUAUAUCUGGUAAUCAAUUAUGGAAUUUUAAUGAUUUAUUAAUAUUAAAUAAAUUACCUAUAUUAAAUAAAUUAAAUAUUAAUGAACCGGAAUAUUUAAAAAAUCCAUUAUGUAAUAAUAAUAAUAAUCAUAAUAAUUUAUUAUUAUUAUUAAUUUAUUAUUUACCACAAUUAUGUCAAAUUGAUUAUAUAAAUAUUAAUCAAUUAAAUAUUAAAUUAAUAAUUAAUGAAAUAAUAAAAAAUAAAAAAUCAUAUUAUCGAAUGAAAAAUGAAAAUAAUCAAACAAUAAUUGAAAAAAAAAUAUUUUUAUUAAAAUUAUUAUUUGAAAAAUUAAAAAAUAAUUUUUUUUUACAUAUUCAAUAUAUAGAUAAAAUAUUAAGAUUUUUAGAAAAUAUAAAAAAUAAACAAUUAAAUGAUACUGCUACUAAUAAUGAUACUACUUAUAAAAAUCAAUUUAUUAAUUUAAUUAAUGAAUUAAAUAAAAUAAUUAAUAAUUGGGAAAAUAUUUAUAAUCAAUCAAAAUUAAAAUGUAAUCUAUUAUGUAAUAGAUUAGAAGAAUAUUUAUAUUAUCAACAAUUUUUUUAUGAAUUAGAAUUACAAAUGUUUGGUUAUUUAGAAAUACAAGAGAUUUAUAUAAAAGAUAAUUUAUAUAAUGAUUGUUAUCAAUUUCUUAAUUCAAGAUUUUGUUAUCAUAAUGAGAUUGGAUCAAUAAUAAAUGGAAUUAAAAUUUUACAUUUAUAUAAAAUUAAUAAUAAAGUACUUCAACAGAAUCAUAAUCAUAAUAAGAUAGAUGUAAGUAAUGUAUCUAUUAAGUCUUCAACACUUACUGAUUUACUAUUUCUUGUAUGCCCGGAAAAAAUAGAUGAAUUAAAUAUAUAUAUGAAUAUUAUACGUAAUGGUUUACAAAUGAAUAAUAAUAAAUAUAAAUUAACUAAUAGUUUAAAUUUGGCAGAUGAUAAAAAUUUACAAGUGAUACAACGAUCUAUUUCUGAAGGUAAUUUUAAUCAAUAUGAUCAUGUAGCACGUUUACUAUUAAUGAAUGUAUCUAUGCCAAAUAAUCAUAACAUGAUAAAUGACAAUAAUGAAAGAGAACAAGGGACAUUUGUAGAAAAUGUUUUGUUUUAUGAAAAACAAUCAAGUUGUCAUUGUCUUUCCCAAGUUCAAAGACCUGAUUUACUUUAUAGUAAAUUACUUUAUCCAGAAUUUCUUGUAGAAAUAGAAUAUUUAUUAAAAGCUAAUGAAUCGAAUUCUGUAUAUAAUCAAUUCGAGAUAGAAACUGAUAUUGAAACUAAUGACAAUCUUCAAAUCUUUGAUGAAAAAAUAAAAUCUGACCAACAGUUUAUCAAAAUAACUGCAUUACCAUUAUUAGAAAAUUAUAAAAAAUUAUCUAAUUUAAAUGAAUUAUCAAAUAAUAAUGUUGAAUUCUUACAAAAAUCAAUAAAUUUUAAUUUAAACAAAAAUCAUUUAUUUUUAAAUGAUUUAAAAAUUUCAAAAAUUAAUUUUCAUUUUACAGAAUUUUCUAAUUUAUCUAUAAUAAGUAUCACUCAUUGUCAAUUAGAUACAAUACCAUCUAUUCAAUGUAAUCAUUUAAUUACUUUAAUUAUAAAUCAUAAUCAAUUAAAAUCAAUAAAAUCUAUUGGAUAUAUGCCUCAACUUAUUGAAUUACAAAUUGAUUAUAAUCAAUUAACAUGUAUUAUUGAUAAUGUAUCUCAUUUAUUAAUAAAUACACCAAAAUUAGAAAAAUUAUCAUGGAAUAAUAAUCCAUGGAAACAAGAGAAACUAAUUCGUAUUUAUACACUUGCGAAAUUAACUUCACUUAAAUUCUUCAAUUUUCAACCAAUCAAUAAUGAUGAAAUUGAAUUAUCUAAACAAUUAUUAGAUUCAUGUAUUAUAACAACAAAUAUGAUUCAACAAUUACAUACUACUACUACUACUACUACUAAUAAUAAUAAUAAUGAUUUUGAUCAAAAUUUAACUAUAUUCCCUAUUGCUUAUUAUCAUCAAUAUAAUUCAUAUAAUAUUAAUCAAUCAUAUAUUACUAAUAAUAGUAAUAUUAAUUUACAUUUAAUUACUUCAUUAUGUUUACAAUCAUUAAAUAUUUAUAAAAUACAAAAUUUAGAAAAUUUAAUAAAUUUAAAAUAUCUUUCAUUAAAUCAUAAUUUAAUUGAAAAAAUUGAAGGUUUAAAUAAUAAUUUAAAUCUUAUUGAAUUAUCAUUAGAAUAUAAUUUAAUUCAUAUAAUUGAAAAUAUUAAUCAUUUAUUAAAACUUGAAUGUUUAUUAUUAAGUAAUAAUAAUAUUACAAAAAUUAAUAAAUUACAAUUUAAUAAUUUAAUAAAUUUACGUAUAAUUAGUUUAAGAAAUAAUAAAAUUAAAAAAAUUAAUUCAAUUAUUUAUUGUCAAUCAUUAAUUGAAUUAUAUUUAGGUAAUAAUCAAUUAAAUCAUUUUAAAAUUAUUUUAUAUUUAAAAAAUUUAAAAAAUUUAAAUAUAUUAGAAUUAACUAAUAAUCCUAUAUGUUAUUUAUUAAAUCAUUAUCGUUAUCAAAUAAUUUAUUAUCUAAAAUCAAUAAAAUCUUUGGAUGGUAUUCCAAUUACAUCUAAUGAAUUAAUACAAUCAAAUGAAUUAUUUAAUGGACAUUUAACUAAUGAAUAUUUAAUUAAUUAUUUAAAUUUUGAUAAUUUUUCUAAUAUUGUUGAAUUAAAUUUAUCUAAUUGUAUGUUAAAAACAAUUGAUUAUAUUGAUCCAUUAUAUUUAAUUCAUUUAAAAAGUAUUAAUUUAGAAAAAAAUUAUUUAAAAUCAUUUGGUGGUUUAUUAUUUUUUAAAAAUUUAAAAAUUAUUUGUUUAAAUGAAAAUAAUAUUGAAAGUUUAUUUUCAAAUCAUAUUUAUUUAUUAUUUAAUAUUUUAAAUAAUAAUCAUAAUAAUUAUAAAAUGAAUUUAAUUGAAUUAAAUUUUAUUAAUUUAUAUAAAUCAAAACAACCUAUAUAUCCUAAUUUAAAUGUAUUACAUCUUGCAUAUAAUAAUAUACAAUCUUUAGAAAAAUUACAAUUACAUCGUAUACCAUAUUUACAUACAUUAUUUUUACAAAAUAAUGAAUUAUAUACAAUUCAUGGUAUAGAACAUCUUACUGAAUUAAAAGAAUUAGUAAUAGAUAAUAAUAAAAUUAAAUUUUUUAACGAAAUUACAUUUUUAUAUAAUUGGACAUUAAAUGAAAUACAUUUAGAAAAUAAUCGUUUAAAUGAAUUAAAUCAAUUUAAUCAAUUAAAUAAUUUAAAACGUUUAUAUAUUGAUUAUAAUAAAUUAAUUGAUUUUAUUGAUUUUGAAAAUUUUGCUAAAAAACAAAAAAAUUUAUAUGAAAUAUCAUUAAUUCAUAAUCCAAUUACAUCAAAACAAAUACAUCGAUUAAUAUUGAUUUAUUAUAUAAAAAAUAUACAAUUAAUUGAUGGUAUUCAAGUAACUAAUGAUGAAAGAAAUCGAAUUAUACAAUUUUAUGAAGAUAAACAAUUAACUGAUAUUAUAAAUUGUGGUAUUAUAUCAUCAACAAGUUGGUAUAAUCAUCAUACGGGGAAAGUAAAUAAUCCAAUAUGUGAAAUUACAUUACCAGAGAUCAAUAUUAAAAAAUCAUUGAUCUAUGGUAUCAAAAUGAAUGAUCAUACACAUACAUUAUUAACAAAUAAUUCAAAAGAUCAUCAAACAGUAUUGAUUUAUGGAAAACAAAUUCGUCCAAAUAUUGAUUGUCAUAUAAAUAAAACAAGAUUAAAUAUGUUAUCAAAACAUAAUCUUUCUAUUCAAUUAGAUAAUAAUGAGAAAAAUGCAUUAACUAUUAAAGGUAUUCAUCAUUCAAAUUAUGAAGUUGUUGGCAAUUUUCUUCAUUAUCAACAUCAAUAUGUAAAACAACGAUAUCAAUGUUCAACGCCAGAUAUUAAAAAGUUAUCAAUUCAUUCUUUUACAAGACCAUAUAGUCAAACUAGUAAAGUUGAUCAGUUGAAAUCAUUAAAACGUAAUAAUAAUAAUAAUAAUAAGAGUCAUAUCAAAACUAUGACGAAUAUUACUAUUAAUGCUGAUAGUAAUAUUAGUCGAAAUGAUUGUAAUAAUAACUUGAUUAAAUUUAGUGCAAUGUCAACAAGUUUUCAACGUUGAAUUAUUUUGUUUUAAUACAUCAUUAAAUCAUCUUUGCGCGCCUUAUAUGUAUAGUUAUACAAAAAAAAUCAUCAUUUGAUAUGAAUAGUUGAACUAUUAUUUUUGUUAUUUGAUAAUAAACUAAGGUUGAAAAAUAAGAGAAGACGAUCUUUGAUUAAUUUUGUACAAAAGUGUUGAAAACUAUUAUUAAUGUUCAAGUUGUAUAUGUAUAUGCUGUAAAUACAAUACGGUUAUUGUUUAUUUUUAACAAAUGAUUAUGGAUUUAUUUUCAUAGAUUUAUUGCCAGGUGUUGGUCUAGGUGUAAUGUUCUGGUCUUUGAUAUUUCCCUAAUUCCGUAGAUCACAAGUGUACCAUGUAAAAAAGUAGCUGUGAUAAGUAUUGCUAAUUGAACGUUAUACUCAAAUCCUAAGCUUGUCUCGUAAACCUCAUGAUAAAUCUACUCAGCGACUUGAACACGAGAGAAAAGGAGCAAAAUAUGCGAGAAGCGCUU